UUGGACCUUAACUUUAUCACUAGCCCCUCCUCAUCUUAUGGACCUUGACUUUAUCAACCUCACCUUCUAUCUAGGAGACUUUAUCUAUCUAUGCAUCUUCCUACUUCACACAAUCAUCAUCUCCAAAAGGAUAACACAAAACAAACCAAUUUUAAUCUAGAGAUAUCAUCAUGGUUCCCUCAUGUGCAAGCCUCCAAAACAUCUUUGAUCUACCAUUAAUCACCCCAAUUACCUCAUGGAAACACAUGGACAACAAAUAUAAUCCAUGCAUGAACGCAGAAAGCUUAUCUAUGUGCACCGAAGGCCUCGGUUUCGAGAGCUUUGAUGAUGUGGAACGUUUGAAAUAUGAAGAUGAAGAUGUUGUUGAUCAUGAUGAUCAGUGUUUUGAUGCUGUAGAGAAGCAUGCAGUGUCUGAGAUUUUGGUUGGUGAGUCGAAGAGGUCAAGGAUGAAAGGUAUGGAGUUCCCGCCACCGAUUUCGUCUAUUGGAUUGAGUGGGAAGCCGUGGACAUGCCUUCAAUCUUACCGGAGCAAUGGUAGGUUUAUUCUUAGGGAGGUAAGAAUCCCAACACAAGAAUUGUUGCAUGCGUGUCGAGAAGAUGGACGGUUGAAGCUGCAAUUUAUUCAGUCCGAUGAUGAACCGUUAUACGAAGAAGAUGAUGAUGAUGAAGAAGAAGAAGAUGAUGAACGCCUCAACGUUGAUCUUGAUGGUGAUUAUGUUGCUACAAGAAAACCUGAGAUUACGGUCACACCAUAGAUUGAAAGCAAUGGCGAAAUCAGAACUUUUUAGUCGAGGGUCAUCAAGGUUCUCUUCUUUACUGGGUGUAACUAAGGGUCCGACUCAUGUUUUUGCUAAAGAAAACAUGGAUCCGGUAUAUAUAAAUCCAACGGGGUUAGCGGCCCCUUUGACCUUGAACAAAAGCUUGUUUUGUGAAUAAUCACAUGGUUUUGAGUUUUUUCUCAUGCAAACUUGUGAAAUAUUAUCACUUGUUAAAGUACUACAUUGUAAAUUGUAAGCAUGUUUAUGAUUCUAGAAAUAAUAGAUGUGUUCCUA